AUGUGGGUGCGGCGGGUCACCGGUUUGGCCCGCGUGGCUUUCUGCUCUCCGGGCGGCAGCCCUGCAGGGCUCUCUUCUGUUUCAUCCCCUCAGGAGGAGGGACGUGGCAAGAAAAAAGUAACUUUGGAGUUGCUGGAUCAUCUGGAGCGUCUGGCACUUGUUGAUUUCCGCAAUCAGGAGGGUGUGGAGCGUUUGGAGAAAGCAAUUGAAUUUGCUGAUCAACUUCAUUCCGUUAACACAGAUGGUGUAGAGCCAUUGGAUUCGGUACUGGAGGAUAGGUGUUUAUAUCUCAGGGAAGAUGAUGUCACAGAAGGCAACUUUGCAGAGGAGCUACUGAAGAAUGCUAAUCAGACAGUUGAAGAGUAUUUCGUAGCUCCACCAGGUAACAUACCAUUACCAAAGCUAGAAGACAGAGACACUUUCCUGCAGAAGAAAAAGUCCUAGGCAGGAGAUCUCACUUGACAUGGUGCCACUGACUUUUUAGACUGUGGAGUCCAUGAAGCUGCAUCUAGGAUUAAAU